ACAUUGGCCGACCCGCUAGUAGCGCUGUUGCUUCGACAGUCAGCGAAUAACCGGAGACAUGCUGAACCACCAGUGCGCGUCGGAUCCCGCCUAGCCUCCUUGAGUUUAUGGGAGUUUAUUGGAGUUAUGACGAGGAGCAUUGAUGCGGUUGAAUUUGUGCCGGUGUUGGGUAAUUGAGUCGCAGAUUUCACAGAAGCAAAUACCCAUAAUAAUAAAUCAGUUGAAGGAUCUAGGCGAGCCAGCUAGCCGGUCUGUGUGACAGUCAGCGUGUGGGAAUGGCAGCUCCCCGACCGAUAAAAGGCAUUCUGAAAAACAAGAACAGCGGGACAAACGUAAAAACGCUGCCCGACGAUGUGCCGGCAGAGAAUCCGGAACAAGCCCCAGGACUCUCAGAAGAUGACCAACAGAAGAAAUCCCAGAAAUGGGAUGAGAUGAACAUCCUGGCCACGUACCAUCCAGCUGACAAAGACUAUGGUCUGAUGAAGAUAGACGAGCCCAGUACACCUUACAACAGGAUGGUGGGAGAGGAUGAGGAUGAGGGGGCACUGAGCGACUCAGACGGCCACAGUGGACUAGCUGCCGAUGACUUGGCAUCAAAGCUCGUGGAGGCAGAGGGCUCGGACCCUCGAUUCAUGAAGGAGGAGGAAGAGGAAGAAGAGAGCAGUGAGGAGGAGGAAGAGGAGCUGAGUCCUGAAGAACAAGCCAAAAAGAAGCAUUUCCAGAUGAUGAGGAAGAUGCACUACAACGAGGGCCUGAACAUCAAGCUGGCCCGCCAACUCAUCGCCAGUGAACUAGAGGAGGACGAAGAUGCAGAUGAAGAGAUGAGGGACGACACAGAAGAGGCGCGGGAGGACACAGAGGACACAGAGGAGACGGAGGAGAUCAGUGUUGACCCACCACAGGAAGCUGAUUCUCUGGAUUCGUAGAUGAGGCCUCUCCAUGUUCGGCCCAAUCAGCGCCUGCUCAAGACCCAGACAGACACUGAUGCUGAGCUCUGUGUCUCAACGCUGGGCCAGACAGCAGACACUGCUUCACCACCUAUUAGACAACACUCAACAGCCAAUAACCUCCCAGUCACCCGUCUGUCUCUGCAAUUUUUAACCUGUAACAGACACACUGGUUUUAACUCUUUAAAUCAGUACAAUCCACAAGUGAAGACACUUUGUCCCAUCUCCUCCUUUCCUGUUGCCAAUAAUUUCCCUCUCGCCUCUUCUGCACUGAGGAGUAUGUGAUUCUGACUCUGAGAAGAAGGUCAGCUCCUUUAUAAAAAAAUUUGGAUAACCAGGACUUCCAUCUGGCCACUCCACAGUCUCUUUGCUGGCCACAGAGCCACCAUGCUAGUCUUGGAGGAAGCCAGGGGAAACCCCACUCACCGAAGGCAUGUCCUAGACAUGACACAGCGCCUGUUUUGGGUGCACGACAGACGACUUUUACUUGCUUUAUGACCCACCACUCUGUUGCAUUUCCUUCUCAUUUUCAGCACCUGAUCUGAUAAGAAAGAUGUUCUGAUACUAUAAGUUGUUUCCCUCCCAUUACAUGGAUUACCCGGUAACACGGUGCCACUGGCAUAAUGGUUUAGUGGUUGGGUUUUUGUAGUAGAGUCCAUGCAGGACAUAACGUUCCAAAGCUAACAUUGUAGAAACAAUACAGACGUUUGAUGCUGAUGCUUGCAGUCAGUGCAACGCUUUAUGCUCAAGAUCAAUCACAUUGUACACUCUAGGAAUUACAUGAUGUUUUCGCUGAGAGAGAGCACACCUCACCAAAUCUCAUUCAAAUUCUGGCAAUUUUACAAACAUGUUUACCUCAGAAUCACACCCCAAGGUCUUUUCUAAAUUGAGUCCACUGAUAAAAUGUUCAGGUUGUCUGUAGAGGCGUUUUUUUUGGUAAACAAACUAAACUAAAUGUAUUUUUGCAUUUGUUGCUCCUGCACAUGAGGUUAUUUUGUGAAAUAUGAUUACAGGACAAGUCAAACUGUCAGAACAGAUGGGUUUUCCUGGUAAUGAUAUUGCCAAUAAAAAUAUUGUAUUUUAUUUAAGUUACUGUGAGGGAUGGUGCCGAAGUACCGCACAUGCUACUGAUGAACAAAACCUUGUUUGUUAUCGGUUAAAAAAUCUCCCAUCUUGAACAAGUUACAACUUUGAGCAUCAGGCUCUUGCGUGGAUCUGACAAAAGAGGAACCAGCGCCCACUGUGCUCUCGCACAUCAUACUUAAUGUCUGAUCUACCUAAGUGUCUGGGAGAUGUCAAAGAAAGACGCGUUGAUGCUACUGACUUUCAUUAAAAAAAAAGCAAACAAUUGUGGUACAGGAAGGCGUUUUGGAGGAUUUUGGUUUCUACACGUGUCCGAAAGAUACUUUUUAAAUGUCAUCUUUGAUGGAGUAUUGAUGGGAAUAAAAGAAAAUAAUGGUCUAAUAAAGGCAAGUUUGUGCAGAGUUAAUCCUUGGCUACACACUGCAGUCUCACCCGACUGUUCACUGGUGGGAAACCUCAGUGUGUCUUUGUGUUGUGAGCUUCUCAUUUUCUUCUGACCCUUUAAUUCGUCACUGUGAUUGAAGUGUUGAUCUGUAUUAUGGAAGUACAAAUGAUCAUAGACCAACAGUAUGACUUCUGCAAAUGUUGUGCUCAUUAGUGUUUGGUGGUGUUUUUGGUGGGGAUGAAAAGAAAAGCUCCUUAUCACUUCCACCAGCCAGCAAGACCUUGAUGUAGGACGUGGUUGUUCAUCAUUCAGUUAUGGAGAAACUGUCGACAACACUACAUCGGCCGCUGAAUUUGUAAACCGGUAGAAUAGUCAGUCGCGGGGAAGCUGAGAUAACAGAUCAUCUAAUUCAAGACAAAAGGACCAGAUUGUCCAACAAACACGACUUGACGUGAUCACCGCUCGGCGGUUAUUACCUGUCAAAAAUGUGCCUCUUAUGUAUUUAUGUACAUGUGUGUAAAAUGAAACCGGCUGAGUUCCUUGUUGCUGUUCUCUAGUUUUACUGCAUGUCUUGCUUUUUGUUUUUGCACCACUUCUGACCUCUUUGUUUGUUUUCUAAAAAUGAAAGACUGUUAAACAGUCCAAUGACUCUGCACUGUUUGUCUCAAGAAUGUUUUUUCUUUUUUUUUUUCAUGUAACCCCAAUUUGCAUGAUCUUAAUCAUCAGAUUGUGUGCAUUCGGUUUUAUUUUUGUCUCCUAUCAUUAAACGGAUGUUGUUAAUAA